AUGCUGACCUCUCACCUUCAGGGUACGGGUUCAAUGGCUGAUUUACUUUCAAAAUUUCUUAAAAGUAAUAACAAGAAGAAACAAGCAGACUGGGAUUCUCGACACAAUAUUCGAAUAUUUAAUUUUAGCGACAGUAAUAGCAGGUCAUUGUAUGAUUCUAUUUACGAAUCAUUUGUACAAGCUCGAGAAAAUUUGUCAAAGAAAACCGAAAUUCCAAUACGACCUGAGGAUGAAUUAAGUAUAGCAUUAAAAUGGAGUCGAGCAGAAGGAGCUAAAGGACGACUCUAUAUGCUUGUUGGAAAUACGAUAGACGUAAAUAUUAUCGAUAUUGGUGAUUAUAUGGAUAGACUUUAUGUCUCUGAAAAAAUACUACCACUAGCAGCGUCGCCGCCGUCAUGGACAACAAAAGUAGUGCCAAAACAAGAAGAGCAAGGCGAACAACAACAACAACAACAACAAGAGGAACAACAGCAGGAAGUUGACGAAAUACCAAUAAGCAACGAUAUUGUUACAGAAUAUGUUUAUCGUGAUCUAUUUCUUUGGUCAAUACUAACACAUCGUAUUGAAAUGGCAAAAUUAUUUUUGAAAUAUAUGCGUACACGUAUUUGUGCAUCAUUGAUUGCAGCAAGAAUCAUUCGAAAAGUAUCGAGAUUGGAGUAUGAUCAAGCUAUACGAAGUGAAUAUGAAGACGAAGCAGAAUAUUUUGAAUCAUUUGCUAUUGAAUGCUUAAAAUAUUGUUAUGCUGCUGAUAAAGAAUAUGCAUGUAUACAAAACAUCGAUAAUAUUUCGAGAAAUUUCAUAUCUUCAGGUGUCCAACUAUGGACCUUGACCUGCAUGUACACCCUCUAA